AUGCUCGGCAAGCGCAUUUGCAACGGAGCCCGAGUCAAGCUGAGCAAAGCGUGGCGUGCCCACCCACGCCUCUUCAGCGGGACGCUCGCGACGCUGUUCCUUGGGGUAGUGAGCGCCACGAUGCUCGUCUCGGACGUCGGUCUCGCCUUUGGCCGAACCAUUCCGGUCAUGGACGGCUUACAGCUUCUUUCUGCGGAAGAAGGUGCCCCAGGAAUCGGACUGGUAUUCGUACCGUUGGACAUCGACCUCGACUCCGCGUCCGUCACUCUCACCUGGUGGCCAACUGGAUGCAACCAGGCCUCCCCUGGACUCCCUCCGGACUGGAACGACACUGCAUCAGGAAGGGAGCUUUCGGGUGUCGGAUGUGGGCAGACCCUUAACUCGUUCUCGCUGUGGGUCGACUCGAGUCUUUCAUACACAUGGGAUGCCUCGAAUAGCGCUGUCGUUCACGCCACCGGGACGUACAGCAUCGGAUUUUCCCCACAAGAGACCUUUGAGACCGCUCACAACUUCACGUGGAUCGCCCCGAUGGAAACACUUGCUUUCCGACGGCAACACUCUUUCUCUGCCUGGUACCCGUUUGACGAAUACCACUUGUCCACGACGCUCGAGGUAUUCGGAGGAGACGUCAACGCCACAGCUCUCCCCAUCUACUUUGUCCACCAGUACGGAGGCCUCUCGGGAUACGACCUGACCGUCACGGCCAUCCAUCCGGCUUGGACUCCGCGCUCCAACCGCGCGCUCUACGUCAUGUUUUCCAUCCGUCGCUGCGUCGGGGCGAAGACCUUCGCGGUCACCCUCUUCCUCACCAACUACCUCCUCGCCGCCGCGAUGGUCUGGGUGGCGAUCUGCGCGCACUUCGGGCGGCGGCCGCUCCCCGAGUCGGCGCUCUUCCUCCCGCUGACGAACAUCCUCCUCCUGCCCCAACUCCGCGCGGCGAUGCCGGGAGUGCCGGACUUUGGCAUCUUCAUGGACCUCUUCGGGUACUACGUCAACAUCGUCGCGAUCGUCUUCUCCGCGCUGUUCAUGUUCCACAAGAUCAUGCGGAACCGGCUUGCGAUGGACCGUUUCCAAGAUAUCGAAGGCGCGGCAUGCUCGUCUGCGGAGCUUGUGCCGUCUCCCGGUCACGCUACCGUGAAGGAGUACGGAUCAUCGAAGGCGCCGCUCUCUUGGCGUGAGAAGUCGGCUGUUGCUACACAACGCCACCACGAGAUGCUCUGA